UAAAAAAAAACAUCUUUGAAUACUGAAACAAAAGAAAAUGCAUUAGACUGUAAUAAGAGUGAUACACUCAGAGGCUGCAGUAUUGAGCAUAUAGACAUAAAGCUAAGUAUGUCUAUGGAUUGAUUGAAGAUUGUUACUAAGAAAAUUAAAGAAAUAUAGCUUUGAGAAGUUCUGUAUAAAAUGGAAAUAAGAUCUGUUCAAAUGGAGAAAAAAGCACAACAAAAAUGUCACCUAAACAUAGAAACAUUAAGGAGGGACAGGGAAAUGACAUGGGAAGAGAGAAUGAAUUUUUUGAUGCCAAAAAUGAUGAUAGGAAUGGAAAAGGAUUUAUAUGAAGUUGUAGAAGAUGAUGACCAAGAGCAGAAAUCGAGCAAGAAGGCAAAUUUACAGAGUUCAGAGAUCAAGAAGGCACUGGAAAUCACUCCUGAAAAGAAGACAUCUAAGAAAAACAGUGUCCUGCCAAAAAAGAAGAAGAAGGAACAGCCUUUGACUUCCACUGCUUUAUACAUCACACAGACAGAUCUUCUGGAGAAUACUCCGGAUGUUUCCUCCAUUCACAAUUCAGGGAAAAGGCGUAAUGAAUGUCAAUGGUUGAGUAAUCCAAUCCAUUUAACAGUGUCCAAACCAGUAACCAAAUUUAACCACUUAACAAGUACACCAAACUGUUCUAGGAAAGAACAUUUGGAGAUGGAUUUAUCAGCUAUUCAGCCUUUGCUGCAGGAUGAUGAAUUACAUAUUCAUGCUUCCACAAUGGUGAAUUCCAUGGAGAUUGUUCCACUACAUGAUAGCAUAGAUCUUCCUCCUCCACUAGAUACGGAGCAUGUUUUGGAGUUAAAUAAGAAAUCUGAUGAGAAGGACAGAGGCAAAGCAAAAGUACCAAAGGAUCAUAUAAAAGAAAAAGUGGCUCAAGUUCAAACAAAACACAGGGAAAUCUUCAAAUUCAAAACAAAAGUCUCAGAAAUUGUACACAAAGCCAUGGAAAUUGCCAAAGGGAAUGGGAAAAGAGAGACUGAUUCAGGUGAUGGAAGGCAUGAGGAGGAGGGGGAUGUUUUGGAGGGUGUGGACAAAGCACAGGAAAAGACUAGUUUGGAUAGAAAGCAUAAACUGUCUGGUAGUGCUUGUGAUCAACUGAAUAUUUUGGAAUAUGAUAAAGAGCAUAAUAUUGAAGAGAAAGCUGAAAAUAAUUUGGCUGUUCUUUCGAAAAAUGAAUCAAGUCACAGUUUAAAUGAAAGCAAGCAGAGAAGGUUGUCUUUUAAAGACUUGAGUAUACACAAAGAAUUUGAUUUUGAGGCAGACGAUGAAGUAAUGAAUGAAUCAGCUGACUGCUACAUCCCAAAUGACUUUGUGCAAAGUGGAUGUAAUGUGAAAAGUAAGCAAGACAACUAUUCUGGAAGCAGAGGUAGAAGCAAAAAUGUCAGUGGUAUUUCAAAUGAAGUUAGAUCUGAACAGCAAAAUAUGGUACAAAGUAAAAUAGGCACAGACAAUGCAAAAAGAAGUGAUACUAAAAACAGAUUGGUGAGAAGUUCAUUCUUUGGAAAUGUACACUCUUCCAAAUUAAACAAAAUUAGGAAACGACUGAAUGAUGAAAGAAGGUCUGUUCCAGAGGAUAGUUUGUGUUCAUGGAAAUGUUUCCUAAAGAAACAUUCAGUAGUCAAGAAGCAUGUUUACUAUGGACCUGUUGAUAGGUCUAAAGCAGAAGUUGAUGACAUUUUAAAGAACUUUUUGAGUGUAACAUGUUGAAGAUACCACUUAGAGUGACAAUUUACAGUCUCCAACAUAGGAUUGGCUUUCCUUCAAUGUACCGUACUGCACAUGCUCAGAGUAAGUUAGCCUGGGGUAUGUUUGACACUUAUAGAAAUAUUUCUUCAUUUCAUCCAGUUGUGAUUUUCUUAUCCAUCAGAUUGACUGUGAUAUUGGUAUGGGAAGAAUAGGUUUUACAUAUGUAUUGUCAAAUAAAUAUGCUUGUAUAAAGGCCAAUAAAUAGAGCCAGAGAAUAUUCAACUGAGAGUUAUAAAUACUGUAAAUAAAUAUUGUAAAUGUACACAAUAUUGUUGUGUAUUUCAAAGUAGUUGAUCUGGAAAUACAGAGGUUAAGUAUAUAUUCAUUAAUGUGAUUGAGAAGGUUCUAUUUAUGUAUUAUUUAUUUUGUCAUAUUUGUAUUGUAUAUAAUUUGAUUUCUGGUAGCUCUGUUGUUGUCAAGACUGUCCAAGAGCUAGUUACAGAGAUUAUAUUCAUGAUGUCAUGGAGAAUCUUACCCCCCUCCCAAAAAAAGAAAAAGAUAAUAAAAAUUUUUUCUUGUCUAUUUUCCUCAUUUAAAGUUUAAAUGCUGUGUGUACAUGUAUGAGAUAAAUGAUGCUAGCAAUUUUGGUUUUGUACUACAUGUACUGACUUUUUUGAGAUAGAAGUAAAGUUUAUAACCAGAGAGUGUAUGAUAGGCACAGGAGAACUUUAUUGGUUUUAAGUUCAUAGU